AUGUCGCAUCUUUCCGUGCUAGAGCCUCGAGCCUAUCCUGUCUACCGAGCACAGUUCUCCGUCUUCUCUCGGGAGUCUCUCGACCAUUGGAAAGAUACAAAGAACAAAGACUGGAAGGAACAUGUCUCAAUUAUGGUCAAUCAAUUCCAGAACACAAACGUCACUGCCGGGCUCAUGCUCGCAACUACUACUUUAUUCCUGUUGUCACCGCCUCCUGUGCCGCAUUUGAUGGCUUAUAACUCUCCAAUCAUUCUGCUGUGCUUGUUAUCUAUGAAACUAGUACUGCUCACAAAGACAUGGAAACCCUCAAGCACAGCACAUGCCACGAUACCAAGUCAUCGCGCUGCUGCUAUGGCUAGCAUACCCCUCAAUCUGUCUGUCAGUGCCACUUGCUUUUUGUUUGUGGCUAUCUUUAUUGCCUGCUUUGGGUCUGACAAUGCCGUCGUCAAUAUCAUAACUAUCUUGGCUUGUGUGGCCUUCCUUUCAAACGGAGCCCUUACGCUCUAUGUUUUCACCGUUGUAGGCAGAAAGCUGGCCAAUGGUAAAAAAACCACCCCCACACAAGAGAUUCUUUCGCGCAAUAUCAAUAAUAUCAUAGAUUCAAUCCCAUCGACUCGCCGAUGCACCCGUCUUCAAACUACAGCAUAUCUUCUUGGUGCCCGUAAAGAACUGCCCGAAGUCACUGGCGAAGAGGUCAACCGCAUCCGCGCCAUUCAGUUGUGCUAUUCGUCAGAAGCUCAGGCUAGCUAUACAGAAGAAAGACCCGAGCAGCCUCAAGCUUUCGAGAAAGUCGAGUUUCGCAUUCCUUUGAAUACCAUGGACAAGGACAAAUCUACAACAUAUGUAGACAACUUUAAUGCCGAGUCAGACCAUCCACUAGAUAUACUCGACUCCACGAGGGCCACAAUGAAUCUUUCGAAGAAAUACGAGCACUUGGGUUGGCGUCUGUCUACAGCCUGCUGCAUGGACCCACCACAUCACCUUUUGACUUCCCAGGACAUCGCUAGCGCUUUCAAGGCUGUGAGGGCAGAGCAGGUGUCUGGACGGAAAAAGAAGAAGGUUGUGAUUGAAAUCGUCAACACUAUGUCGGUACCAAAAGGAAAACAAAUCAAAUCACAGGCAGGUAUUGUGUCCGAUCCAUCCCUUCUAUACGUGAAGGAACUCGAGAAUGUGAAGAGAAGAUUAUGUUGCGCUGAGCAUCAGCUUGGAGGUUCAGAGAACACAUUUUGUUGGGUAGAUGUGUCGCAGCCAGACGCUCCACACUAUCCGAUAUGUACCCAAGACCUCCAGGAGUGGGCUAAACAUCUGUAUGACACUCGAGAUCUGGAUAGCACCUGUGCUACUCUACCCAACACGCCUUAUUUCGAUGACAUUCGCGAGACACGUCAGGCAAGAACUGCGUCACCGCUUCAACGUAUCCCAACCGAGCUCAUAUCACCCAUUAUCCAUAAUCAUGUUCACCUCUCAUCUGCCAUCGACAACACGUGGGCUUCUAAUGAUGCGCAUUCUAUACAGCAACUUGAAAGUCAGGGCCCUAUGGCCGCUCCGCAACCACUUAAAAGGACAUUUGCACUCUACAUGGAGAGUGAUGAAGAAAGUGACGAUGAAGAACCGCCGAAAGACAUUGACGACGUCAUCACAACCAUCCAUUCUCGCUACCCUGCUAUGGACUUCCCUCGGUAUGGAGAUAUGCUGAAGGAGCGCGGCAUAUUGUAUCUGCCGACUGCAGCGCAUUUUGGUAGCCGAUUUUAUGUGGAGAAGGUUGGUAUGUCGGAGGGUGCUGCGGUCACAUUUCAUACUCGUGUUUGUGAAGCUCACAUGAAGGAGGAACGUGCGAGAGCAUGGAGGAAGGCUAAAGGCAAACAGAAGGCACGAGCUGAUGACACUGAUAAGGAAAAUAUCCAAGCUCUCAAAUACGUGAUCCCUGGCCAAAUCUAA